CGCCAUAUUGAAUAUCUUCGCAUGUUCUUUGCUUGUUCAAAAUGGUUACGAUUAUUAACGGUGAGAUAGUACAGGACAAUGAUCCGAGGGCGCAAGAGUUUCGAAAUCGUGGACGAAGACAACAAGAACAGCAACACCAACGAACACAGGGAUCACAGAACCAAAACUACCCUCCAGUCCAACAAGGGGGUUCUAUUUUUGAUCAACUUAACGAUCGACUGAUUUCCGCCGGUUUUCCUCGAUGGAAUUUGGGACAAAGUGUCGUCGAACCGAUUGUAUCGGUGGCGUUGAUUCUUGCUGUGGUUCUUUUUGGCUUCCAUGGUUUGUUAUUGGUGGGCGUUCUCUGGCUCAUCACGCAACAACGUCGACGAUGAGCAGGGUGUGAACUUCGUAAAAAAUUAAAUCGUAUGGCAUUCACGGAUUUUAUUCAAAUUUGAAACAGCUUCUACGUGUCGUUGAAGUCACGGACUCACUGCUGGACAGAAAAUCGAAAAAUUAGCAUACAAAGUGUUUAUUAUUAUUAUAGAAGGCACUUUUACAAAGGUAAUUAGGUUAAUUCCGGUGAAUCAUAGGAUGAAUUUGAUUAGUCAGCUGAUCAAGAGCUGGCGCAGAUUUUUAAUGAAUGGGUUGGAUGUUAUGUUGGUGGGCCACUUUCUUACAUCUCCUUCACUCCCCAGAUCUCAUUUGUAAUUCUCUUUACUCUAUGCCUCAGAACUCUCAUGAUGUUAGUUUGGAGAACUUGGUACUGGAUCAACUAAUAAUCUCCUAACUGAUAUUUAUUCUCAUCACUUGUCUGCUCGAUAAUGUAGGAGAAAUGCUGUCUUGAUCACUAACUGGAGUUAAGUUUAAGGGUUAAGCAUGCACCACACAAGAUCUAAAAUAUUAGUUUAAUUUUCAAUUUACUGUAAAAUGGUUGGAAAUUUCGCGUUAGAUGUGCAAUUUAGUCUCAUCUAGGACAAGGUGGUGAAUAAUAUCUGCAAAUCAGGCCAAAGCUCACAAAUCAGGGUGCAUGAAUGGAAUAAUAUCUGCAAAUCAGGCCAAAGCUGACCAAUCAGGGUGCAUGAAUGGAAUAAUAUCUGCAAAUCAGGCCAAAGCUGACCAAUCAGGGUGCAUGAAUGGCACUCCUUCUGUAUAGCAUUUUUAAAACCUUUGCUUAUCCUCCACUGUGUUUUCUGUACAUCUCCUGUGGUGCUGAUGAGAAGAAUUUGUUUAACAAUCAAGAGCUGCUUCAGUUAGUGAUCAUUUCCUUUAUUCUCAUAACCAAAAUAUGUAAUUCAGGGUAAUAGUGUUAAGAGAAAUUUGAUGCUAUUCACUCUCAGGCAUCAGAGAGUUAACUGUGACUGUUGUUAGCUUCGAAACUCUCUUUUACAAGGUGGACCCUAGUUGGCCUGUUUUCCAAAGUUGUUCUAAUUCUAACCUGUUCCAGGAAUGCAGUGACCGAAACAAAAACAAAGAAACAAGUUAAGUUAAAGGGUACCAACACAAAGUUAGGCAAGGAUUGGUCAGAGCCACAGAUCCUGCCAUUUUUUCUUCCUCCAUAGCAUUAGCACUACCAUUAGUGUUUUCUUGCAGAGACCCAUAAUAGAGAAAAUAUUAAAAAUAACACAAGAUGGACUCUGAAAAUAUGGUUGGCUAUACCACACAUGCUUGCCAAGGGACAGAGAAAUGUUGAGACAAUGCAAACUUUAUUGAAAUAUAUGGAAGAACUGGUAUGGAAUGCAAGCUGAUCUACAGUGCACAUGCUAAUCCUAUGAUAGCCUAUCCACAGCCAUCCUUUGCAAUCAAGUGAGACAUGCACAAUUUACAUCAUCAACCCAUGUGUCUCAAGUGAGCACAAAAAGGAACAAAUUAACUUAUUUAUAUACAGUGAUCCAGAUUGUAGAUAAUUUGUCUCAUUAAGUGCUGUGCUGGAUAUGAAUUUAAUUUUCAUCUGGU